GGAUCAACAAUAGAUUACAAAACAUUUUUCUCAUAACAAUAUAACAUAUUUAUAUAUAAGUUAUCGUAGUAUUAUAUGUUCUCGUUGUAAUGCACGGACACUCACCUAGUGUACAUCUAACAUAUCAAAUGCUAUAAAUCUAAAAAAAGUCAAACGUCUUAUAAAUUAGAACAAGGGAGUAAAACAAGUAGGCACACACCCAACUGACCAGUCUUCUAAUGGUACUUGUUUUUUUUCAGAGACAACAUCUCAGCACAAGCUGUGUAUUGUGAUGUAAUGUUCUGGAACCGCAGACAUUUUUCUGUGAAGAAUACUGUUUGUGAUGCACUUUGACUUACGGCUGGUUUGUAAAACCCAUCCAUGGUUUGGCAAGCACAAUAUUUGAUUAUUUUUUUACCUCCAUGUUCAGAUGUCGAGACCUAAUAAAGCUCCAUUUAGUGGAGUGACUGAGGAUUUGAAAGGAAGAGCAGGUUGCUACAAACAAGACUGGAACCAUGGAUUUCGUUCUGGUUUAAGGAUACUGGCACCUACGCUCUACAUAUUCUUUGCAUCUGCAGUCCCUGUUAUAGCCUUUGGGGAGCAAUUGAGCAAAGAUACAGAUAGUGCACUAACCACAGUUGAGACAUUAGCAUCAACGGCUAUUUGUGGCAUCAUACAUUCAAUAAUAGGUGGACAGCCACUAUUGAUCGUGGGUGUUGCAGAACCGACAAUUAUCAUGUACACCUAUAUCUACAAUUUUGCCAAAAAUCAGCCAAACCUGGGAGAAAAAAUGUUUCUGCCAUGGGCUGCCUGGGUUUGCAUCUGGACAGCUGUUAUGCUGUUCCUCAUGGCAAUUUUCAACGUUGCAGCUAUUCUAAACAAAUUUACCAGGUUUGCAGGAGAACUUUUUGGAAUGUUAAUCACAAUUUUGUUUAUGCAAGAGGCGAUAAAGGGGAUGGUUGGUGAAUUCAGUGCCCCUGACGGUAGUAAUCAAAGUCAAUCAACAUUCCAGUUCCAGUGGCUAUAUAUUAAUGGUUUGCUUGGAUUUAUCUUUUCAAUGGGUGUACUAUAUACUGCAUUAGCUAGCAGGAGCGCAAGGUCAUCGCUAUAUGGCACUGCAUGGCAAAGGAGCUUAAUUGCGGACUACGGUGUUCCACUGAUGGUGAUACUUUGGACAGCAUUGUCAUAUUCAUUGCCAAGCAGGAUCCCUUCAGGGGUCCCUAGGAGGCUCUUCACCCCACUUCCUUGGGAACCCAAGUCGCUCCAGCAUUGGACAGUAGCAAAAGAUUUGUUUUCAGUCCCUACAGUACAUAUAUUCCUGGCUAUUGUGCCUGCCACCAUGGUCGCAGGGCUCUAUUUCUUUGACCACAGUGUAGCUUCCCAGAUGAGUCAGCAGAAGGAAUUUAAUUUGAAGAACCCAUCAGCCUACCAUUAUGACAUUUUGGUCCUGAGCUUGACAACCUUGAUCUGUGGUCUUCUUGGCAUUCCUCCAUCUAAUGGAGUACUCCCCCAAUCUCCGAUGCAUACAAGAAGCCUAGCGGUCCUCAAGAGGCAGUUGCUUCGCAAGAAGAUGGUCCAAACUGCCAAGGAGGGCAUGAUGAAUAAUGCUACCAGUUCCGAAGUUUAUGUCAAAAUGCAAGAUGUUUUCAUAAAAAUGGACCACGGAGGCGACUCUGUUUCUGCUCACAAAGAACUGAAGGACCUGAAGGAUGCAAUUAUUCCAGAAGGGAAUGGAUCAGGAACAGUGCCUGAAGUAUUUGAUCCUGAAAAGCAUGUAGAUGCUUACUUGCCUGUCCGGGUGAAUGAGCAGAGAGUAAGCAAUCUGUUGCAGUCUCUGUUGAUUGCUGGUUGUAUUGGAGUUACACCGCUCAUUCAGAAGAUACCAACAUCAGUCCUCUGGGGUUACUUCGCCUAUAUGUCCAUCGACAGCCUUCCUGGAAACCAGUUCUGGGAGAGGAUACAACUUCUUUUCAUCACGCCUCAAAGACGCUACAAGGUUCUUGAAGGAGCACAUGCAUCCUUCAUGGAGUCAGUGCCUUUCAACACAAUAUGCACCUUCACACUCUUCCAGCUAAUCUAUCUGUUGAUCGUCUUUGGGAUGACAUGGAUACCAGUAGCAGGAAUCCUCUUCCCACUGCUCUUCUUCUUCCUCAUUAUCAUCAGGCAGCACUUCAUCCCGAAAUAUUUUGAUCCGAGCCACCUGAGGGAAUUAGAUGCAGCCGAGUACGAAGAACUGAAAGGUUUUACACCUGAUCCAUCAGUGUGUGAGGACGAGUCUGUUCGCAGCGGAGAUGCUCAGCCUGGAUAUGCUUCCGAAAUACUCGAGGAAUUCACGACUCACCGUGGAGAGCUGAAGCGCAGGAACUCUACCUUCCGUGAUGGGAGACUACUUCAGCUUAACUCUAUCAAGAUGACGAGAGAGCUUUCUCGGGCUCCUUCUCGGCUUACAUGAAUCCUGGAAGAAUACGCGGUUUCUGAAUCCGAACUCCAAUUAAGCAUGGGGGUGCGAAGUCUCAUGGCCUAAUUGCUUACAGAGUAUUUUCUGAAGCAAGCAACUCAUUUUAGGUACUGACUUUGGGGCAAAUACACGGGGAUGAGCAGAGGAAUGUAGCAGAGCUGGAAAAUGUUUGUAAAAAAAUAUAAAGACAAAAGAACUGCAUGUUAA